AUGGCCUCAUCCAGACCAAAGUCCACCUUCACCUUCGAAACUUCCGUCGCCAACCCCUCCGCCGACCAAGGAUUUCAUUAUCGGAGCGACGGCCGCGCCAUCCCUUCGGUCUCCAACGUCGCGUCAACAAAACGAGCGAGACUAGACUCGUGUGAAGAGAGUGAAGACCCAUAUGUCGACUGGGUCCCAGCGAAUACGACCGACACCGAAUAUGCGAGCCUGGCUUCGACUUUUACCGCUCACUCUGUCUAUGAGUAUUUCAUUGAAGACAGUGAGGUGACCAAACGCAAACGCUACACGAGCUCGGAUGACCCCAUGAAAUUGUGGCGGCAAGACAAGCACGUCUUUCUGGACCAUCUUGUCCGGCAGGACGGUCUAGGGAACCACCUCGCUCAACCUCAGUGUGCCCUAUGCCACGCGCCCUGUUUGGGCUGUUUGGAAGAAUCCCAUCGACGACAGCCGUUGCAUCGUGUCAAGGAAUGGAAUGGGUCGUAUUGGACGCGCGUUGCCUUGCACCAGCAACACGCCAAAGAUUUCUCGCCGAGCAGCCUGCAAUUUGUUUACCAACUGGGUCAUGGCGGCGAGCCCUGUAUACGCCCAGCAUCAAGCGAGCCGCAGACCAUGGUGGUUCUUGACGUAGGGGGCGUUUUUACCUGCCGCGUCAGGUUUUGCGGCUGCGAGCGGGCGCUUGGACAAGACCCCAUUGCCCAGUUGAUGAACAAUGGCUGGUAUCCAGCAACCACCAUCGAUCCCGCCACCUGCGCCACGUUCGAGGCCCUUGAAGACUUCCGCCUAUCGAGCGUGGUGGGGAACAUAAGCGCUCAUGACUACGUUGGCAAGCUGGAGCGGCUUACCGACCCUACCUUGUUAGGAACUACCCCGGACCGAUACAAGGCUUUUGGCCGUAUGAGCCGACAAUAUAGUUUUCUGAAGCGGGCCAAGCGUGCGGGGGUCGCCCACGAUAUGAGCACGAUGGAUGAAGUUCCGCCCGGGGGUAUUGCUGUGCCUUGCUGGGCUUGCCCCUCUGUCGGCUUUAAUCUUCCUGAAGGCUGGGAGACCUGCAGCAAAGACGACGAGUUUCUGUAUUCUCUUUUGCUGGCGCUCGAUGCCAACUUCAGACUCAAAAAUCGAAUACGCACCAACGAAAAACACGACCCAUCACUUGGUCCUGGAUGGGGCUACUUUGUGGAGUCGGAUGCGUAUAAGGAGCAUCUGCGCGAUUAUGUCGCAGAGGCCGACGUUAGCACUUGUAUCGCGUUUGCCGCGUUGAUGCAGAAGGACACCCGCCUUACUACAGGCCUGCGAGUGUCUGGGGUAGGAGGCUGUGUUUGUGCGAGGCAUGGCGUUGUUCGGGCUCAAGGUCUAGGCGAUUUGCAGAAAGGAGAACGAUAUGCAAAUAUGGAUUACAUCCUGCUCCAUGCUUUGGGGGACACCCGCGUUAAGCGUUUGGUACUCUCAUAUGACAUUGCAUGUCAGUGGAAGCAGCGCUUGGUCUUUCGGGUCUCCGACAUGGCUUGCUCGGCUGGAUUUCUACCCGACCUAAGCAACUUCACACUGCAGUUUGCGUUGCCCGUCUGGCACGCCGCUGCGCACGAGGUCAACUGCCAGGCGGCGAUGUCCCUCAGCCAUGCACAUGGGGUUGGCCGCACUGAUGGCGAAGGUAUCGAGCGGACGUGGGCAAUCCUAAAUCCCAUCAGUUUUGCAACGAAGGAGAUGGGGGAGGGCAAUCGUCACGAUUCGAUUGAAGAUAAAGUGGACCACAUCAACUUUGAGAAGAACGUGGGCCAAGGUGAUGCUCUCGGUCGAAAACUGAUCAUCGCCGUCGCGGAGCGCGACACACAGAUCGCAGAGUUUGUCGAUAUCGACCGCGGCCUGGAACCCGACUUGCGGCGUCAGUGGCGAAGUAUGGUCACCAACUGGGUCGCCGACAACAGCUAUCCAAACCCCUACGUAAUGCAAGGGGGAAAGGAUGCUGGUCCGUCUGAGGCUCAAGUCGCUGCCGAUCUCAAGAAGGCUGAGCUCGAAGACUUGCGUCAAGGCAGGGAGGGUGUUUACGAAGGCCGAAUGACAGCAACGGCCUUCAUCAAAGGGCUUCUGCAGCUUGAAGACCAGAAACGACGCAUUAGACACGAAGUGCGUGGUAAAUCGGCAUUGACGGCGGACCGUGCCAGCCAAAUCGAUGAAUUACGUGCAACAUUUUUCAAAAAGCUCAAAAACGUUCAACAAGAACAAGAGGUCUACAUGCCUGGGGUAUCGAGUCUAAGAGCGGCGGAGGAGGAGCGACGAGACUCAGAGCUACCCCCUUCAAAAGCUGAAGAUACGAAAUUGUGGCUUCCCUCGGACCUGACGGAGGUACAGCGAGUCUGGGCCUGCAAACGUGGCCUGGCCGAGGUUGAGGCCAAGCUGCGAGAAGCCCAGUGCGGGGAUGCUCUGGUGAAGAUUCGCGGCCAUCUUUAUACCAAAACUCACUUAAUUCACACACGCAACGCAACUUCGGUGGGGCAAGUUGCGAUACGCGCUCCAGCACACUCAUCGACCGUGUUGGAGAUCGAAUCGACCGGGAGCGCUGCCCCUCACCUGAAGCAACUCACCAAGAGCGAUCUGCACGUGCGAACCGAAACAGAGAGCGACGCAAGGGCUCGUAUCAGGCUGGGUCGGCUGGGUGCAUCACGAAGAGGCAGGAAUGAGCCUUCGUCAUUGGCGGCGGAGGAACGCUCGGCGGGCGUGUCCUGGAUCUGGAAUACUGUUCGACCUGAGGAUGACGAGAAGGGGGCUACAUGA